UUUUAUGCCUGUUUCACACUGUCCUGCAGUUUUUGCCUCCCUCGCAGAAACACAUAUUUAUUGCGCGUUGAAGACUCAGUCACGCACAUGUAAAAGAUGAAGUCCACGUUUUUGUUCUGUUUCAUCAUUUGGUUUGCAGAUGCGGAGCUAAAACCCCGGAAAGGGUCCGGGGUGGUGUGUACCUUUAAAGACAAGGCAUACAGCCCAGGAGACAGCUGGCAUCCCUAUCUGGAGCCCUUUGGAUUCAUGUUCUGCAUGCGCUGUGUCUGCACAGAGACAGGCCAUGUGAAAUGUAACACAAUCAAGUGUCCUGCUCUGCCAUGUGAAAACCCAGUGGCUGAGCCCCAGCAGUGUUGUCCAAGAUGCACAGAUGAGCCCAGGAUCCCCGCAGGGCUGAGAGCUUCAGUGAAAUCCUGCAGGUACAAUGGAAGUAUUUAUCAGCCAGGGGAGACCUUCAAUAAGCACGACCUCUUUCCGUCGAAGCAAAGCAACCAGUGUGUUAUGUGCACAUGCUCUAAUGGAAACAUCUUCUGUGCUUUGAAAACAUGCCAACCAAUCACCUGUUCCUCACCAGUCUCAGUUCCAGAUACCUGCUGUUUGGUGUGUAAAGAUCAUGGCACCAGUGGGUCCUCAUCAACUGAGGAUGGAAACCAGCAACUGAACAGAGGCGUUAGACAUUCAGUCGACCAGUGUUCUGGAGAGCAGAGCAGGGUGCGGUCUGACCGUGCCACUCCACCCAGGGUCAGGACUUCUCCCAGAGGCCUGAGCCUCAGUAAACUUAACCUCAAAGGGGCUUCAGAGACCACCGUGAAGAUUUUGUUGCAGAGGAAACACCAAAGAGCGUGUUUGUACAAUGGCAAGACAUACUCUCAUGGAGACAUGUGGCACCCAGUUUUGGGGAAGGUCCUGGAAUGCAUCCUGUGCACUUGUACUGAUGGCCUGCAGGACUGCAAACGCAUCACAUGCCCCAGCCAGUACCCAUGCCAACAUCCUCUGAAAUCAGCAGGAAAGUGCUGCAAGACUUGUCCAGAAAGUAAAGCUGAAAGUAACCAGACUCAGUGCUAUCUCGGAUACAAAAAUAAUCUCUUGGUGUAUAAAGUAGAAUCAUCUUUGAAAGUUGACCCACCCAACACAGUUAGGAUCAUUGCUGUUGAAAGACAAAGUACUGCUGAGGUUGAAGUGCAAGUCUGGAAGGCUGUAGAAGGGGUUUCACAAUUAAUGGAAAUUGGUGACCUUCAAAGAAAAGAUAUUAUAGAUCAUCCAGAGAAUUACACAUUACUUACAACACUUGAUGAAGAGACGUGGAGAAGAUUUAAAGAGGAGGGAGACAGUCUGAGUACAGCUUCUCAGACCACAAUUUGUGAAGACGGCAUUCGGGAGAUGGUGACUUUCCUAAAUCCCAAGCAAAUAGAAGGGCUGUGUUCACCCUAAUAGUUUUUCCUCCCUUGACACUUUUUAUAUCACACAUGUUGCACUUUCCUGCAUCAUUCCUGUAAUACCAGUGGAAUUUCUCAUUUAUAAUAUUGUUUGUUGUUUGAUACGUUGUUGUCCAUUAUGUUUUAAUCAUCACAUUUUUCUUUUGCAAAUUAUUAGGUGAUAAAACACAGUAUAUAGCAGUGCUUUCAUAACUGUUAUAGUCAUAAAGUGGCAGGUAGUUCUGCCUCACGUCAUGAUUUUAAACAUUUAGGUGGAUGUAAGAUGUAGCUCUAAACAAAAUGCAACAAAUGCUGAAUGUGAAUGUGGAAUAUAGAGAUCAGAGUUCAGUAUGCAGUUAUGGAUUUUGCCUCAGUGAUGUUAAUAUGUGCCUUUAUUGAACGAUUGAGGACAUUUUUCCAUCAGUAUUUCUCAAACAAACCCCUGCUUUAACCAUAUGAAAAUAAUUUGUUUUAGAAUAUAUUGGGCCACGUUCUGUUCAGAAUGUAAAGGUUUUUUUUAGGAUGUUAUAUGAUCAUCAGCAUAUUUAUUGUAAAUACAAAUUGAUGUUAUGUCACCUUAUUUAAAGCAUAUUCAUAGUUCUUGUAUAAUUUCUGUGUAUAUACAUUUGACUGUCUGAAUGUUUGAAUGAAGAGGCAUUGCAUUGCAAUCUGCCAGUGAAUGCACAGCUGUUUCACAACUGUGUAUUUGUUAGUGUGAAAACACCAAUUCUUUCUGAUGUCAAAAUAUAGACCUACUGUAGCUAUUUUUAUGCAGCCACAGGAUUUGGUUUGUUAUUAUAGCCUAAUGACAUUUUACAACUCCACAUACCAGCAAUGUUUUUAUUUUAAAGUGGUCAUAGCUGAUAUAGCUGAAUGCACUCUGUACCUCUGCUCACAGUUUUAACCCAUAAAGAUUUCUUUGUGUUUUACACUUGUAAA